AUGGCCUUUGGCCUUUCGGGUCGUUCAAAAAGACCAUCGUCUCCGAAUCCCCCGCCGAAACCACCGCGUCCGAACAAAAGAGAGACCGUAUCAGGGGUGUCAAACCAAUAUGUCCAUCCGUAUACUGCGCCAGUUGGAGCGUAUUCGGUCAACACAUUCCAUACUGCACCGACAGUCGCAUAUAACCAAAGUUCAGCCACGUCUAUGGUUCAUCUACCACCUCAAUCAGCACCUCCGCUGGGUUACCCAUAUCCAACAACUGCCCCGAACAGUUCGUCAGUAUGGAACCCGCAACCACCACAAAAGUCAUCGAAAUGGGCAUCAUACACCAAUCUUAACCAAUCAAUGACUCACCUCGUUUCGCACACAGUCGAGAAGACCAAUGCUACGAUUUUGGACCUUGAACAACUGGUCCAUCAAAGUCUAAGUGGUGGUGCGAAUGUCACCGAGGCCACAUCACGCUUGUUAGAUCAAGUCAUCACCUCGAUCGAUCUGGGGUCGUUCUGUGGAAGGGAAAAUGAACUGAUCGCUGCAUGCACAGUUCCUUCCAAAUCAGAGGAGAGGAAGGAUCAUCUAUCACUGCGAAAAGACAAAAAGCCAACCAGAUCUGUGGAUUAUUUCUCCAAGGUAUACCUGUAUGCCAAUUCGCGAUUACCACCACAUCUAACACCACUCAAUUUCUACCCUCCAACAUAUCCCCUCCUCCGGCUCGCCGCAAAAUACUCGCGUCGUGUCUAUGACAAACCUUCUGGGCGUGAACGACACUCAUACAUCAACUCAGAUUGGCGUCACGGUACCAAGGCUAUGGUGGUCAAGUCCCUACCAAUUGACGACAUGAACACAAUCGUCUUCGCCAUCCGUGGUACCCAGAGUUUCUUGGACUGGGCUGUGAACGUUCACACCGCACCAACUUCCCCAGCCGGGUUUUUGGAUGAUCCAUCCAACUACUGUCACUCGGGAUUCCUAUCUGUAGCCCGAAAAAUGGUUGCACCCGUUGCCGCCCAACUGCGUAGUCUUCUUGAAGAAGACCCCAGUCGUAUGUCAUACUCAUUGAUCUUCACCGGGCACUCUGCGGGAGGUGCCGUCGCCAGUUUACUAUAUCUACAUCUGCUUUCGAACUCACCAGGCGUGCAAUCCCCACUUACAUAUCUUCGCGGAUGCUUCAAACACGUCCAUUGUGUCACAUUCGGUGCCCCGCCCAUCUCUCUUCGCCCUUUACAGCUCUCCUCUACUACUCGAACGUCAAAAUCAAUGUUCUUUGCUUUCAUCAAUGAAGGCGAUCCAGUAUCUCGUGCCGACAAGGGCUACUUUCUUUCCUUGCUUGAUUUGUAUGUCUCCCCGGCACCGGGGUCACUACUUACCCUAUAUGACCGGAAGAAGAGAUCUGCUCCUCGUUAUUGGAGAACACCUUCAUCCCAUCUAGCACUUGCUGGUAGACUAGUUCUUUUGCGGCCACGAGAUCAGUCGAGCGGCCGCCCUGUGGUUGUUGCUCCACCCGUUCCCGGUGGUCCUCCUGCCUUGCCUCCGCGGGAAAAUGUCGAUGCCUAUGGGAUCACAGAGCCUGAGCUACAGGGUGUGGUCUUUGGUGACCCUGUCAUGCAUUUUAUGGACUUGUAUUCCCAUCGCAUUGACGCAUUGGCUAGAGAUGCCUUGAGCAAACGACCAUGA